GCUCAGGGAGAAACAUGUUGGUCUUCCUUUGUCUCCUCUGUACCUUGGCCCUUUUUGGCCCCUCAACCCAAGACGUAACCAGCGAUGCCCAGGCGUUUUUACAGGAAUAUCAAAGAGAAGGAGAACAAUUGUAUCAUCAAUAUGCACAAGCACAAUGGGAAUAUAAUACUAAUAUCAAUGAUGAGAAUGCCCAGAAAAUGGGUGAAGAAGGUGCCAAGUGGUCUGCAUUUUACAAUAAUGCCAGCGAAAGCUCCGCAAGAUACCCAAUAGACGAAAUUAAUAGCACUACCAUCAAAUUACAGCUGAUCUAUCUGGGAGAGAAGGGAUCAUCUGUUCUACCAACUGACAAAUAUACAAGAUUGAAUAAAAUUCUAAAUGAGAUGAGCACGAUCUACAGUACCGAAACUGUAUGCAGUCCAGAUGGAUCAGUCUGCCAUGCCUUUGAACCAGCUCAUGAUGAAACAUAUUGUGAUCCUGCAGCUCUUUUCCAUGUGGCUAAUGAUUAUUCUUUCAUCAGGUAUUAUACACGGACUAUUUACCAAUUCCAGUUCCAGGCUGCACUCUGCAAAGCUGCAAAGCACAAUGGACCCCUUCACUCUUGUGACAUCACUAACUCUACUGAGGCUGGAGAUAAAUUACGGGCCAUGUUGAUGCUAGGGAAUUCCAGACCCUGGCCUGAAGCACUUGAGAGCAUAACAGGAACUCCCAAGAUGGAUGUCCAACCACUGCUGGAUUACUUUAAGCCAUUGUAUAACUGGUUAGAGGAGGAUAACCGAGUCAAUAACAGGGUAGCCGACUGGACAAAAAACUGGUAUCCAUACUCGGACAAUUCAAUCAAAGUUAGAAUAAGUCUAAAAGCUGGACUAGGUGCUAGUGCGUAUAAGUGGGACAUCAGUGAAUUGAAUUUGUUCAGGUCGACAAUUGCAUAUGCCAUGACUAAAUAUUUUGCUGCUAAAAACAACCCAGUUCAAUUUUCAGAUGAAGAUGUACAUGUUUAUGAUGAAACCGCAAGAAUCUCAUUCUAUUUCUGCGUUUCAAUGCCAAAUAAUAUCAGCGAUAUAGUACCAAAAUCUGAUGUUGAAGAGGCUGUUCGGAUGUCAAAAGGUCGAAUCAACAGUGCCUUCUAUCUGGAUGACUACUCCUUGGAAUUUUUGGGUAUUCCCCCCACACUCGCGCCCCCUGGAGAAGAGUCUGUCACAGUGUGGCUAGUGGUGUUUGGCAUAGUGGCUGGACUGCUACUCGUCGCUAUGGUUGUUCUACUAGUUCUUGGUCACAUGGACAAGAAAAAGAAAAGAAAAGCUGACAGAGAGAAGGAAGCCCAAUUACUUAAUGAGAGAUAUGAAGAAGUUUUGAUUGCAACUACGGAAGAGAAAGAUGCAGUUUGCACAUAUGAAAGUGAAGGAGAAGAGAAUAAAGCUUAUGAAGAAGCAUUUUAACCUAUGCACUGUUGUGCAGUCAUUGCCAUUAUAUCUUUUAAGGACACCUGGCUUUCCAUACAAAUCCUUAUCGUGUUAACAUUCUCUAAAGACAUCUAUAGUUCCCAAGGAUCCAUCUGCAGGUGUAUGGGUUUUGCCAGGGCUCCGUGCAGUGACUAAUAAUACUGCUUCAUUUGUUCUUUUGUCAAGGACUUGAAUCUGUUUCAAGGUAACAAUUAAUAUCAGCAAAUUGCAACAUGUCAACGUGCCUUCUGUUCUCAAACCAACGGUUCUUAAUGAUACUCUCUGGUGACGCCCCAUGGUGGGCCUUGUGUAGCUGCUGUGUUCCUAAAACCUGGCGUGAUUUUAUAAUAACCCUUUCCAAACAUACUGUACACACAAUGCAAGAGUUUACUUACAUACACAUACUUGCACACAGGGCUGACGAUAACAGGUUUGGGCCACCUAACACAUUUUGACCCUGGGUCCAUUUCCUUAAAAGAGAAGAUUAAAAUCAUGUUAUAUCUCAGUGACUAAUUAUUGUAACAAUAAUUUGAUUUUGUUUUGGGGUGGAUUAUUAAACAAGCAAAUGCAACAAAACCCAUAACAUUUUACACUGAAAGUUCCCAACAGGUGGGUUGUUUAUCUUUCACCUGAGUAUCCCCAAUUACUGCACUUCAGGAGAUCAUCUGUGGGCUGUACUCUAAGUUUUAUUGCACUGUAAAAGCAAAAAAGAAAUGUAGAUGAUCUAUAUUAAGUAGUAGAACUGUAUAUCAGUAGAGGAGUGAUAAAGUGAUCUGCCGAUUCUGCUCACUUGAGAAAUGACAAUGAUGCAGGGAUUGCAUGUGACAUGACAAUGAGGUUGUGGCCUCAGGUCCUCAGUAACAGCCAUGCUUGAAUUCAUCAACGUAUUUGAAUUUUUCUGGUUCCCUAAAGAUUACAGAUACAGUAAUAGCUGGCCCUGCCUCAGACUCCCCAACCGGGAUCCGGUCUCUAAGUCGACAGUAACAAGGUCGACAAUGUCUAGGUCGACCACUAUUGGUCGACAGUAACUAGGUCAACAGGGUCUCUAGGUCGACAGGGUCUCUAGGUCGACAGGGUCUCUAGGUCGACAUGAGUUUUUCAAAUUUUUUGAACCUUUUCAUACUUAACGAUCCACGUGGACUACGAUUGGAACGGUAAUCUGUGGUAAGCGAAGUGAGAAACCUUGCCCGAUGCAUGGCGAGCGAAGCGAGCCAUGCGAGGGGACACUGUGCACUAAUUGGGGUUCCCGGUCACUCUACGAAGAAAACGACACCCAAAAAACUAAUGUCUACCUUUUGACCUGUCGACCAAGAACAUGUCGACCUAGAGAACCUGUUGACCUAGAAACCCUGUCGACCUAGUUACUUAUGACCAAUAGUGGUCGACCUAGUUACUAUCUACCUUCCAUACCACACCAUCCCCAAGCUCUGUGUCCCUCCACUAUGGGUGUCCAUACAUGUGUAUGAUUUAUACUGUAUAUAGAUGGAUUAAAUUUUAUUUGAAUUUGAACAAGUUAUUAAGGUAUAAAAUAUAACACAUUUGUUUACAUUUAUGGAUUACAAUAAAUGCAGUAAUUGAUGCCUCUACCUUGUUUUGCAA